AUGAAUCCUCUCAAGUGCGCCUUUGGUGUCACUUCUGAAAAAUUUCUUGGCUUCAUCGUAAGGCAUCGAGGAGUACCUCCUACAUCCGCUUGUACUAAAGGCACCAAUUCCAGUCUUCGCAACAAAGAGCUAAGACAUUAUAUGCUUGCACAUGUUAUUCAUUUGAUCUCAAGGGCGUAUCAACUUAAAUUCAUCAUGUCAAGACUAGUCUUAUCCGGAAGAUUAGCAAAGUGGGCGCUUCUGCUAUCAGAGUUUGAUAUUACUUUUGUACCUCAAAAGGCUAUAAAAGGACAAGCUUUAGCGGAUUUCCUAGCGGACUAUCCGAUUCCAGCAGAGUGGGAGCUUCCAGAAGAAUUUUCGGAUGAAGAAGUCUUUUUCACUGAUGUAAUACCAUCAUGGAAAUUAUUCUUUGAUGGUGCUGCACGAAAAUAUGGUGCAGGAGCUGGGGUAGUUUUCGUUACCCCUCAAAAUGAAGUCAUGCCUUUCUCCUUUACAUUGAUGGAGAUGUGUUCCAACAAUGUGGCGGAAUAUCAAGCCUUGAUAAUUGGCUUGGAAAUGGCUUUAGAGAUGCUGCUCGGACAACUUGAAGUUUUUGGAGAUUCUAAGUUGGUUAUUAAUAAACUUUUAUCAAAAUAUGAAGUCCGGAAGAGCAAUUUAAUUCCUUACCAAAAACAUGCGGCAAAGCUCUUGGAAAAAUUUGACAUGGUUAAUAUUAUUCAUGUCCCAAGGAAUGAAAAUUGA